ACCGAGAACUUGAUAAAACCUUUGAAAAUGUCUAGUCUAACAAAUGGCACCUACUUUGCAAAAAUAUUGUGUCCCACCGGGAAGAAAACGAUUCUGGGAAGCUUCACUAGACCCGUGAUGAAGAACAUCUUCGACACAGCCGCUCAAAUUGGGAUCGUGGGCCGGUACUUGGUCAGUGCCGAGGACAAUACCGUCAUUGGCGACGACCUGGCGUUGCGCUAUCUGCUGGAGCGGAACCACAGGAUCAUUGUGUCCGACUCCCUGGAUUGCCGCCGCGCCGAAAAGGUUUCCCUGGACUCUUCCGGCGAGACUGCGACCGAGGAGGAGGGCUUGCAUUUGGUAAGAGCGGAGGUAGUGGAUCAGGAGUUCACCAACACGGAGAGAGAACUGUUGCAGGAGCUGCUGGAGGAAGUCACCAGGCAGGUCGUGGUCGGAUUCAGAAAGUUCCUCACGGAACAAUCAUUCUCGAAGGCCCCCACCGAAUGAAAUUCCAAAUUCAAAAAUCUAUGCUUCCCCCUGAACUUCCGAAUAAAGCUGGCUAUCUGCGGUAGAUAGCCUAUUGAAGGUAUCUUUCAGAUAA